AUGGACCCGUUGAGCAUUACAACAGCUGUGCUGCGGAUCACCACGACCUGUGUCGUAGCUGCCAAGGAGCUCAAUGAGAUACGCAUCGCAUGGAAACGCGCACCCCUUACUAUCCAGUCGCUACUCUUGAGUGACACAGAUAUUCUGCUGGCGAAGCCAGCACUAGUCGAAACGUUCGACACGACUUUGACAAGCUGUCUAGUGCUGUCAACAUGGCUCGAGAAGUACAUGCGCAAGAUCACGAAGGGAGUGCUUGCUGAUUCUGAACUGAGCUGGAAGGCUAAGUUCAAGACUUUGUGGAAUGAGGCUGAAGUCAAAGAGUUGUUGGAACAACUGCACCAACAGCACGGUGCUAUCAGCACACUGGUAGGCUUACUACAGAUGGACUCCAUAACUGAGAUGAAGAAUAUCCUCCAAGAACACGGCAAGAUGCUGCGAAGAAUCUCUAGAGAUACUCGACACAUGCGAGAAGCCCACUCCAUUGAGGUAGCCGAAUCUAUCCUGGGCUCUGAAGACUCCAGUAGUAGUAUUCUUAGCAAGCUUCCGAUCCGUUCAAACGCUAGUGGCCACUCCUCCGAAAGGCAUUUCGAAUCUGUCAUCCUGAAUACCGACGUAUACUCAAGGGCCUUUAACGAUGCUGUGAAAAAAAAAAAACGCUAG